AUGUUCAGUUUCAGCAAAAUCAUCAUCACCUUAAUCAUCUUGUUCUUGUUCCAUUCGGGAUACUCCGAUGCCCACAUAUUCACCUUCACCAUGCACCACCGUUACUCCGAACCUGUCAAGAAAUGGUCCCUCUCCGCACCUUCUCCUUCUCAUCGAUGGCCGGAAAAGGGCACCGUCGAAUACUACGCCGAGUUAGCUGACCGCGACCGCUUCCUCCGCGGCCGUAGACUCUCCCAAUUCGACGCCGGUCUUGCUUUCUCCGACGGAAAUUCCACCUUCCGUAUCAGCUCCCUCGGAUUUUUACAUUAUACAACAGUUGAGCUAGGGACACCUGGAGUGAAGUUCAUGGUGGCACUUGAUACAGGAAGUGACCUCUUUUGGGUACCUUGUGAUUGUACAAGAUGUGCAGCUACUGAUAGUUCUGCAUUUUCUGCCUUGGCUUCAGAUUUUGAACUUAGUGUGUAUAAUCCUAAUGGAUCUUCAACAAGUAAAAAGGUCACUUGUAACAAUAGUCUCUGCACGCAUCGCAAUCAAUGCCUUGGGACAUUUAGCAACUGCCCUUACAUGGUCUCUUACGUCUCCGCUGAAACCUCUACGUCUGGAAUAUUAGUGGAGGACGUUCUGCACUUAACACAAGAAGAUGAUCAUCAUGACCUUGUUGAGGCAAAUGUUGUGUUUGGAUGUGGACAAGUUCAGAGUGGAUCGUUCUUAGAUGUUGCUGCUCCAAAUGGUUUGUUUGGACUUGGUAUGGAGAAAAUAUCAGUUCCUAGCGUGUUAUCAAGGGAAGGCUUUACAGCAGAUUCGUUCUCCAUGUGUUUUGGACGAGAUGGCGUUGGAAGAAUAAGUUUUGGAGAUAAAGGAAGUCUUGAUCAAAACGAGACUCCAUUUAAUAUGAACCCAUCACACCCUACCUAUAACAUCACAGUCGAUCAAGUCCGUGUAGGGACAACACUAAUCGACGUGGAAUUCACUGCUCUUUUUGAUUCUGGAACCUCUUUUACAUAUUUGGUUGAUCCAACCUAUUCAAGGCUAUCUGAGAGUUUUCAUUCCCAAGUGGAAGAUAGGCGACGUCCAUCCGAUUCAAGGAUCCCUUUUGAAUAUUGUUAUGAUAUGAGUCCUGAUGCAAAUACUAGCCUGAUACCUAGCAUGAGUUUAACUAUGGGAGGUGGAAGCCGUUUUUCUGUUUAUGAUCCAAUAAUUAUCAUCUCUACGCAGAGUGAACUUGUAUAUUGUCUAGCAGUGGUCAAGAGUGCUGAGCUGAACAUAAUUGGACAAAACUUCAUGACUGGUUACCGUGUUGUUUUUGACCGGGAAAAGCUCACACUGGGAUGGAAGAAAUCUGAUUGUUACGACGUUGAGGAUCAUAACAAUGCUGUCCCAACAAGACCUCACUCCGACAAUGUGCCUCCCGCAGUCGCUGCUGGGCUUGGCCAUUACCCUGCCCCUGAUUCAAGUAAAAAUUCCAAAUACAAAUCUCAACAGUCAAAUGCAUCACCGUCGUUGCACACUUUGCUUCUGACUUGCUUUGGAAUUCUAAUUUCUUGUAUUUGGUUUUAUUUAUAUGUUCUAUGA